UAAUUAACAAAAUAAAAAAGAAUUUUGAUUAAAUAAUUUUUGUUUUUAGAGAAACAAAACAAUCAACAGAUAAUAGACAGUUUACCAUUCCUCGAGCUCAUCCUCCAACAAUGGGUACUACAAGUAAAGAUUCAAUUUGUCUUAAUGAUUUGAAUCGUAUUAUAAAUGAUGGACAAAGUAAUGAUGCAUCUGAUACACAUUCAUCUAAUUCAAUAACAACUUACAAUCCGAUUUAUCGUACAAAUGAAGAUAUUCAACAUACAUCAUUACCAAGUGGUCCUAUACCACAAACACAAAUGCUUGGUAUAGCUGAUACAUUAAAUAGUUUUCCUCGUGAUCUAAUAAAUAACCCAUCUGGAACUGCCAGUUUAUUUUCGGACUCACAUGAUAUUGAUGAAAUUGAAUUCGUUACUGAUAUGUUAGAUGAUAUGAUAAAAGAUGAUGAUAAUAUGGAAGAUGAUUUCGUAGAAGCAAUUAAUCCGAAUAUAAUAAUACCAAGAUCAACAACAUAA